AUGGCUACAAGGGCGCAUCCUGACUAUGAACUCAUCUUAAUAUCUAAUAGAGACGAAUUCUUGGCAAGAAAAACGCAUGCCACAUGCUGGCACAAUGAUGAUUUCAUCCUUUCACCAUACGACCUAGCCAAAACAUCAAAGGAGAAACAAAUUUUUGGCACUUGGUCUGGUAUAAAUAGAGAAGGGAAGUUAGCCACUAUUCUCAAUCUAAAGCUCGACGGUCAGCGAGAUACCAUAAAAUCAAAAUCCCGUGGUCUGCUACCAUUCACCUUUUUGUCAACUCAUAAGGCAGAUUUUCAAAAUUGGGAUAAUUACGACAAGUUUGAGAUGAACUAUGAUGGGCUGAAUACUACAGGUGAUUUUAAUUUCUUCUACGGCGAUGUUAUUGAAAAGCAGUAUAAACUUAUCGAUUCCUUAGGAAGAACUUUCAACGUCUUGGAUUCUACCUGUAAAAGUAAUCUUAAUUCUUACAUGGCUGUUUCUAAUGGUGAAUUUUAUAAUAGUCCCAGCAUAUCAGAGCAAGCCUGGAAGAAAGUGAAGGUUGCCCGUGAUGGUUUAGAGAAAUUAGUUUUAGGAAACAUCGAUUCAGAUGAGGAAACCAUAAUAUCGAAUUGCUUCCAACUCGCUUCGAAGUCUUCCGUUCCAGGCACCGCUUCAAAACCGAAUGCUUUACAAAUGCUUGCUGAUCCAAAUGUAAUCAUGAACACCAUAUAUGUGCCACCCUUACGAAGGCCUCCAGACGAUGACUUGGGCGCCUCGAUACCAGAUGGAGAUUAUUAUGGCACCCGCUCUCAGAUAGUGUUGCUUGUGAGCAAAAAUUCUUCUAAGGUUACCUUUAUAGAGAGAAUACUAUAUAGUUCAGAUGAAGAUGUGAACCACUAUUCGGUUGCUACUCCAAAAGAAGAGAAAAGAUUCGAAUUUAAACUGUAA